CCGCCGCCGUUGCUGCUUCCCGUUCGCGGGUCGCCGGCGAUACUCGAAAGAAUAAAAGAAAGUAAUCGCACGAUUAGCGAUCGGUUUCCACUGUGGCAGAAGGAGCUCCUCAAGUCGUUUCAUGUCUCGUUCCACAUACGCUUGUCGGAACGCCGCGUCUGCGAUAGCGAGCUUAGCGGUCGCUGGUCCAGUGAUCUGAUGAAUUAUAUAUCGAAAUUUUUCCAGUGCGACCGUUGUUAACAGAUGGGAUAUCAAUACUGCCAAUGCUACAACAGGGAGUGGCUUGUGAAGAAUGAGAGGUACGAAGUGAAAUCAAUUUGCUCAAUGCAUACUGGAAUAUGGUUCAAUGGAUAAUCGGAAGCUGGCCUCAUGUCAUCUUCAAUUUAUAUGCCUGACAUCGAUGAUUGAUUAACAAAUUAUCCUAAAGACCAAGCUUUCUAUCAAACGUUACGUGUUGUUUUGCUUAAGUGCAGUAAUGCCGACAUUGAACGACCUGCGUGUAUAUACAACGCAUAUUCAGCUAGGGAUGAUAAACCUAAUGUGUUCCGUUCGUUGGGUGCCUGGCAGGUGGCAGACUCACCACGCCUAUCACGUAAUAGUUACUUUCAAUUUGGCCACUGCUGCUGCCGCGCGGUCAGUAAAAACGUUCACGAAGACAACGUUCUCCAUCAGGAUACUGCUCGUCAAUUGUAAUCAUCGCUCGGCCCAUGAGAACAAACAAACAUUUGUUUAAUCUGUAUAUGGGAGGGUUCAGUGCGCGUAAGUGUGGGGAAGGGUCUUUCUAGUGCUGUUUUGUGAUAACAACAAAAGCUUAGUUUGAUAAGUGAACGGGAAGGUUUCCGGCAACAUGUGGAAUCUUUAAUGAUAAAAAGCAUGUGCACAUUUUACCUACACAUGAUACCAUGAAGCUUUUUUCGACAAUUCCUCAAAUUGCUGUUAUUAUAGUGCGUUGCAUAAUCAGCGAUCGACACUCAUGUUUUUUCUCCUGAGCAACGGUGCAGAAAUUGCUACAUGUUAAUAUCAGAUUUAACAGCAAUGACAGUAUGUUUAUUAGUAUGGCCGAGUCGGUAUUGGUGCUAGCGGGGUGUCACCAAAUGCGUUAAACCAUGACCUUUGUUUACUCGAUGAUGAUCUUUAACAGCAUCGCGUUCGUUCAUGUCUGUCCUCCACACAUUUUGGCCUCUUAGGCUCCAUUACUGAGUUCACCAGUUAUCUGCUAUUCGACCCUGACCUAUUCGGUCGCGGAGUUCUACGAUGACGCAAUCUUUCCCGGCUUGUGCAAGUUGAGGUUAGACAGGAAAGGGAAGAGGCGGAGGGGACCUAAACGAAGCUAUCAUGAGUCAAUAUCGCGAAGCAAGCAAAGAGAGGCCGGAAUCCAAUGUGAGACGGGACUCUUAUCCGGCAGAGACCCACCAAUAAGACUUAAUUUGAUCAAAUAUAGCUCUAAAACAGUAUGUGGUGCAGAAGCUUUCAAGUAAACUCUAUGAAAUAGAAUACCGGAUGAUUCGCUAUAGAUCAGUGUCACCUCUAGUGAACGUGUACAUAUACUGAAUGCUAUUGGCAAAGUUUACGUUGUAAUAGUAGUUGAGCCGCUUUCCCAUCAACUAAGUUAUGCUGUAAAGUGAUAACGUUGAGUGAAGUGCAGGGAACGGUGAGGUGGCGCCUUGCUCAAAAUUGCACCAUGUUCAGCUUUCACAAACCCAAGAUUUAUCGGUCCGUUCACGGAUGCUGUAUAUGUCGGGCGAAGUCAUCUAGUUCGCGUUUUACGGACUCUGCCAAAUACGAAUCGGAGUUUGAGAAGUGCUUCAAAAUUCGCGAACGACGCACUGGCGAAAUCUGUAACGCGUGCGUCCUGCUUGUCAAACGGUGGAAGAAACUUCCCCCCGGAACGACUCGGCAUUGGAAUCAUGUGGUUGAUGCACGAGCGGGUCCGGGCACUAAAGGCACUCAUACAGGAGGUCGGAUCGCGAACCCUCAUAAACCACUUAAACCACAAAGGCCAAGCAGUAAGAAGAAGCCCAUGAAACCACCGCGAAGAUUACGCGAGAUCGAGUCCUUGCACGACAGCUUGGCGGGGGUCUACGGUGAGGAACGGAUCAAGCGGUCGUCGCGGCGGAAUAGUGAUGGAUUCACUUAUUACGAGGAUGCAGGCUUUGAGAGCGACAGCUCGAUCGAGUCGGAUAGCGGCGGUGGUCGCCUAGACGCCGAACCUGAGACGCCCGAGUUGAGUUCGGCGUCGUCCGCCGAAGGUGAAGACGAGGACGAUUGGGAGCCAAGAACUCCUGAACGAAGGAAACCGGGAAUGAAGGAUCCUAAAGAGCAUACCGAUAUCGACAAGGACCAGCUACGACACAAACGGAAAAACUUUAAGCCGCAAAAUGCUACGUGCAAGAUGUCCUCGUUUAUCGACAAUACAUUCUGGAGAAAAGAGCGUAUUUGCUGCGGAGUCGUGUUCAAGGGUCCUCGGGAUGAGUUGCUGAUCUAUCCGAAACUUCUCAAACCAUGCGCCUGUCGUCUCCGGAGAAAUUCUGCAUCUAGCCAACACUCACAUUCACAGGACUCUAACAGUUCAGCUUGUGUCACGCCGAACUCUGAGGUUCUUCUAUUGCCGACGAGUCCGGAAUCGCUCAGCACAUCAGAUACGUUCCCCACAGCAUACGGCGUGAAGCGGCAUCGAGACUUGACAGAUGCCCUUGCCGAAGCCGAGGCGGGCAUCGCGGGAGAGGCCGAAGGUGUCCCCGACAGUCCUACAAUCAGAACUAACGGGACAACAACAACAUCAGCCGCAGCCUUUUUCGUCUAAACGUCCGCGCGUUGUGUGACGAUGUAAAGUGCGACUAAUAGCUCGGGUCGUGUACGAUAUUUAUCUAGAAAUAUUUCAAAUAGACUUUAGCGCAUCUCAGUGUGUUUAGGUCGAACGCAAGGCGACGGCCUUAGUUUCCAUUAUAUGUCUACAAACGUAUAAACAAGAUAAGGCUUGCUUGAUGGAUGCGGGGAGGAGUUUACGUAGCCAAAACGAUUUUCUCUAAAGCUCCAUCGGAUAACGGCUAUUCACGACGAUAGGAAAAAUGACAAUUGGUUUAUGAUGAGCGUUAGUAUUAUUACGAGUGCGGAAAUGUUCAGACGUGGAUGUUAUGUUCCAGUUAGCGCCGAUUAGAGCUAGGAAGGCGAUGACGGAAUCCAGGUCUACUAGCUAGUAUUAUUAUAAGAUGAGACAAGAUGGCGACGAUGUGAGCAUGUUGCACAAGUUUUGGUUAUCGAUUGCAGUCAGCUAGUCUGAUUGCGUAGCAAAGAUGACGAUAACGACGUUGAUAGUGCGUAAGUGAGCGUGUGAAUUACUGUCUAUCUGGCUGGCUGGCCAAAAUGUACGAGGAUGCGAAAUAUAAGCGUUGUCGCCAUGCGUUUGUGGAGGUACGAAAAGAGUUUAAUGUAAGUUUGUUCAAAUGAAGACGAGUAAUGGGUGCACGACGGCGGUUUGGCGUCCCUUACUGAACAAUGAAAAUGUACGCUAUCUGUGAAAAUUAACGAUAGCGAUAUAAUUGUUCGUGAAACACGAAAGACAUUGUCGGGUGAUAAUUGACAAAGAAAGAUGGCGGACAGACAGGGACGAAGUGUAACAAAUGGCGGCGAAGUUAAGGAAAGAUGGCACAUUUGUAGAUCUGAAUACGGUCGUCGUGGCGAUGGCUGUUAUGAUGGUUGAGAGUUAGCCGGCUAAUCUUGAGCAAGAUUAGACCUCCAGAUUAGAAUGGUGUGAUUGAUCAGGAUAUAUGAUGCGUGCCUGUGUGUGCACAGAAUUGUGUUCUGGUUAAGCUUAGCUGGAUGUAUGCGUCCGCAUCUAAUCUAUGCGAGAAAGCGAUGGUGUCGGCGACGACGAAUACGUGAACAGCGACCGUAACGGGAAGGCGCCGACAGAACGAGCCAAUUCGGGAUCCCCUAGCCAGUAAAUGGCUCCUAUCAAUAGAAGAACUACUGAUAAAUGAAGUAUCGAUGAAUUUAUGCUUAGAUAUAUGUGGUCAAGAGAAUAGUGGUAGCAUAAGGAUUACUACGACAAGCUAGCUGACCAUUUCUUUCUCGUCUGCCUACCUGCCUGCCUGCCUGCCUAUCUAUCUGUCUGUCGGCGUGUCUGUUACGUGUGACGGGAGACUGUGUGCGCAUGUAUCAAUCAAAUGCAUAAUCGUGCAUCUUCUUCUAUAUAUAUAUAUAUAUAUAUAUAUAUAUAUAUAUAUAUAUAUAUUGAAAAAGUCAAUAU